AAUGCAUGGUUUAAUCAGAGGGUAACACUUACAUUUCUGGUGUUUAAACCAACAGGUCUAACUAUAUAAUCUUACUUUCACUUCUCCAUAAAUAUAUUAUUCUUCAAAGACAAAGUUUUUUGCUUUAAAAUACUUGCUUUUUUGCUUUUUUAUAAUAGUAGAAUUACAACUAAUUUGUUCUUUAGCCUUUGUGGUCGGCUAUUUAUUGCCUCCUCUGUUGCUAUUCUUUUCACCAUCGCAAACUCUUUCUCUUUCUUUCUCUCACUCAUCUUUUAAGCUGUCAUUAACUUUAUCCAUUGAAGAAAAAUGAAGUGUAAGUCAUCUGAUAAACCAAAGAUAAAACACAAGAAGGGUUUGUGGUCACCGGAAGAAGAUCAAAGGCUCAGAAACCAUGUUCUUAAGCACGGCCACGCUUGCUGGAGCUCCGUUCCUGUUAAUGCCGGAUUGCAGAGGAAUGGUAAAAGCUGCAGAUUAAGAUGGAUUAAUUACUUGAGGCCAGGACUGAAAAGAGGGAUGUUUACUUUGCAAGAGGAAGAAACAAUCUUGACCCUCCAUCGCGUGUUAGGGAACAAGUGGUCACAGAUAGCUCAGCAUUUGGCUGGAAGAACUGAUAAUGAGAUAAAGAACUACUGGCAUUCCCAUCUGAAGAAAAAACUGGCCAAACUUGAAGAAAUGGAAGUUCAUAUCAAAACGCAGUGCACCACAACUACUUCAAGCUCAGAGAAUAUAGAUUCUUCAGUCCUCUCUUCUAACAAUAAUCUCACAACUCAAAUGCCAGGCUAUGAUUCUUUGAUGAAUCACAUGGAGAAAUCAUCAAGUGAUAAUAAUGAUUUAAUUCAAGAGGGUCACAAAAGUUCCCUGCCAAAGAUUUUAUUUGCAGAGUGGCUAUCCCUGGAGAAUGUUCAAAGUGGGAGCUCAGUAAAUUCAGGCCAUAAGCCGGUGGUUUCCAGGGAUGGCUUUAAUACUCAUAACACAAACUUUCUCCAGGAUUCUCUCAGCCAUGGUUAUUUAUUGAAUGAGGGCGGAUUUGGUGGCGAUUUCCAGGCUGGUUUUCACAAUGGUUUGAUGGAUGAAAUAUUGAACUCAGAAUUCAAGUUCGAAGAUCAGAUUUCUGGAAUUGGGUUUGGGGAUUCCAUCUCUGGGGAUGACAUAUGUAGCAGUUUGAAUAUGAACAAUGAUGUAAUGUACUUAUAAGAGCUUGCAUGUUGUUAAUAGGUGGACAGUUGAGUGCAAGCAUGAAGAAAAACUUCUAAUUGAACUUCUCAGAAUAAUCUUACCCCAAGAAAUUACAAAGCAUACAAGUUUAAUUAGUGGUUUUUCUUGCAUGGAAUUGUUAUUCUACAUAAUAUUCGACAGCUUGUAAUUUCCUUGGCGAGAAUUAUUUAUGAAUAAACUUCAGGAAUUGAUCAUAA